UGCAAACUGUGCUUCUAAAAAAAACAAGAUUUGAGAUGGAAAAUGGCAACACCUCAGGCGACAAAUCUUCAGUUAAACCGAUCCGUUGCAAAGCGGCGGUUAGUAGGAAGGCCGGAGAGCCACUAAUAAUGGAAGAAAUCGUGGUUGCGCCGCCGCAGCCUUACGAGGUUCGGAUCCGAAUCAUUUGCACAGCGCUAUGUUACAGUGACAUCACCUUCUGGAAACUUCAAGUUCCUCCAGCGUGCUUUCCGAGGAUUCUAGGCCACGAGGCAAUAGGGCUGAUUCCGGUUCAAGUAGAGGAACUGAGAGUUGUAGAGAGUGUGGGUGAAAACGUGAAGGAAGUGGUAGAAGGAGACACCGUACUGCCGACAUUCAUGUCAGACUGUGGUGACUGUGCUGACUGCAAAUCUCAUAAAAGCAACUUAUGCAGCAAGUUUCCCUUCAAAGUAUCUCCAUACAUGCCAAGAUACGAGGACUCCAGCAGAUUCACUGACCUCAAUGGCAACACUCUGUUCCAUUUUUUAAACGUCUCUAGCUUCAGUGAAUACACUGUUCUUGAUGUCGCUAAUGUGGUUAAGAUCGAUUCUUCUAUUCCUCCAAGUCGUGCUUGUCUCCUCAGCUGUGGAGUAUCUACAGGCGUUGGUGCUGCUUGGGAGACCGCCAAAGUUGAGAAAGGAUCAACCGUUGUGAUUUUUGGACUUGGUUCUAUCGGUCUAGCGGUUGCAGAGGGUGCGAGACUUUGUGGUGCCUCACGAAUCAUAGGUGUGGAUAUAAAUCCUGCCAAGUUCCAAAUUGGCAAAAAGUUUGGAGUAAAUGAGUUUGUAAAUUCGAAGACAUGCGAAAACAAGCGUGUGAGCGAGGUGAUCAAUGAGAUGACUUGUGGUGGAGCAGAUUAUUGCUUUGAGUGUGUUGGAAGCAGUUCUUUGGUUCAAGAAGCUUAUGCUUGCUGCAGAAAGGGGUGGGGAAAGACAAUAACUUUAGGGGUGGACAAACCGGGUUCACAGAUUUGUUUGGACUCGUUCGAUGUUCUUCACCAUGGGAAAACUCUAGUGGGAUCGAUGUUUGGAGGGUUGAAGGCUAAAACACACAUUCCCAUUCUUCUCAAAUACUACUUGGACAAUGAGCUUGAGUUGGAUAAGUUUGUGACACACGAGAUGAAAUUCGAGGACAUCAACGAUGCGUUCCAGCUACUCAUUGAAGGGAAAUGCAUCAGGUGUGUGUUGUGGAUGGGCUAAGUGCGAUGAUUUUUUUUUUUAUAUCUUCGUCUUUUGCAUUAAUUUCAAAUGUUACAUGUUCUACUCUUUUCCAUGGUGUGUAAUCAAAACAAGCAAAGACUUACGAAUGAAAAUAAGCAAAGGCCAUAAA